AUGUUGACUGUGGUUAAGGGACCCUUAACUUUUGAAGAAAUUUGCAAAGUUGGUGACACACAAUUAGAUACUUUCAGGGAUGCCUGCUUUGCCAUGGGAUUCCUAGAAGAUGACCGAGAAUACAUUGGGGCAAUACGCGAGGCGAGUGAAUGGGGUUCGGGUCAUUUUCUCCGCAAGCUUUUUGUGGUAAUGCUUUUGUCCUCCGCUGUUAAUAGGCCUGGUCAUCUUUGGAAUGAGACAUGGAGUCUAAUAUCUGAUGGUCUGCUGCAUCAGCAAAGACAGCUAGCUCACAAUGCAAAAGAGGAGUUGAAGAAUUUGACAUUAACGGAAAUUGAAAAAAUACUACAAGCAAAUCGAAGAAGCCUCGCCGACUUUAAACCAAUUCCAUAUCCUGAUGGAUACGUUCUACAACAAUUAGGGAAUAGGCUGAUUUAUGAUGAACGGAGUUAUGAUGUGCCUACAAUGAGAACCCAAUUCACGUCACUUUUCAAUGCUCUAACAGGUGAGCAAAGGUCAAUAUUUGAUAAAAUUAUGGCGUCUGUUCGAGAUCAAAAGGGUGUUGUGUACUUCCUACAUGGUUAUGGUGGCACCGGUAAAACUUACAUGUGGCGAACACUAGCAAGUGCAUUGAGGUCCAAAGAUGAUAUAUGUCUUACCGUGGCAACAAGUGGUAUAGCUUCUUUAUUAUUGCCCGGUGGUAGAACGACACAUUCUAAAUUCAAGAUACCUGUCCCAACAAUGGAGAAUUCAACAUGCAAGGUUGACUAUAAUGAUGACGUAGCAGACCUUUUACGACAGACAAAGCUUAUUAUCUGGGAUGAAGCACCAAUGGCACACAAACACGCUUUUGAAGCACUCGAUCGAACUUUGAAGGACGUCAUGUCUAAGUACGGUAAUUCGAAGGAAAUCUUUGGUGGAAAGGUUGUUAUUUUCGGAGGUGAUUUUAGACAGAUUUUGCCCGUUGUUCCUAGAGGUAGUCGUUCUGAUAUCGUACAUUCUGCCAUAAAUGCUUCUUACAUAUGGCACUCCGUCGAAGUUUUAACUUUAACACAUAACAUGCGACUGCAAUCCGGGCCAAAUGAAGCUGAAAAAAAGGAAAUUGCCGACUUCUCAAAGUGGCUGUUGCAAAUUGGUGAAGGCAAACUUUCUGAGCCAAAUGAUGGCUUUGCCGACAUUCAACUGCCACCAGAACUAUUGAUCACAGAUUACACAGACCCAAUCAUUGCCAUCGUUAAUAGUACUUAUCCUGAUUUUAGCGAAAAUUACCAGUCUAACGACUACCUCAAAAGUAAGGCGAUACUUGCUUCUACGUUGGAAGUUGUUGAUCAAAUCAACAAUCACGUCCUUGAUCUGAUGCCAGGGGUCACCAAGGAUUACUACAGCUCAAACACUGUCGACAGGUCUGAAAUUCACGACACCAAUGUAGUCGAUAUACUCACACCCGAGUUUCUCAGUUCGCUAACUACUUCAGGUUUACCUAACCACCUCAUUAGGUUGAAGGUAGGAACACCUGUUAUGCUUAUGCGUAACAUAGAUCAGUCGGAGGGUCUGUGUGACGGUACAAGGGUAAUGAUAACUAAGAUGGGGAACCAUGUCAUCGAGGCGAAAAUAAUGGCGGGAAAAGGUUGUGGAAACUUGGUCUACAUCCCUCAAAUGGAUAUGUCUCCCUCACAGUCUCCUUGGCCCUUCAAACUCAAACGGUGUCAAUUUCCAAUAAUUGUAUCAUAUGCGAUGACGAUCAAUAAAUCUCAAGGACAAUCUCUGGACACAGUAUGA